UUGCCGCUGUGAAGCAGAGAAGCGCUCCUGGACUUGCCGGUGUUCCCAGGGCGACUGGGAUAAUAGGGCUGACGGUGGUUCCUGACAAGGGGUAGUGCCACCCCUCUGAUCGGUGUCACCAGCUGAGCCGAUAUAAAAGACAGAGAGGAUGCUUGCUCUCUGUGGGGAGCUGCUGGUGUGCCCUCUCCUGGCUGCUGAGGCAGACGAGCUUUUGGCAUUGAUUAUCUCUCUGCUAACUAUUAAUUCCAGUCUGGGCAGGCAAUCAUCACAGUUCCAGCUAAAAAGUUAUUGUGCUGAUAGUGAGUAGUCAUGAAUUUGUCUCACCUAAACAACAGAGCCGAGAGCGACUUUAAAGUAUCAGAGGUGCAUGAACUGGAGACAGUGGGGAAGAAAGCUUGGGACAAUCCUGUUUACAGUGGUUCUCCCUCUACCUCCUUGAAAAUUCAAACCAUCUACAACCCCAAGUCUGUCCUGGAGAAUCCCUAUGAGAAUUUUGAAGAGGUUGUGGAUCCACUGCCUUACCAGGAAGAACAGAGCAAAGCUGUGAAUGGGAAGACAAGUCCUCUCCUCAAGUGCUGCUUCUACAUCUUCAGAGGCAUCCGAGGUCUGUGGGGCACUACGCUGACUGAGAACACAGCUGAAAACAGGGAGCUGUAUGUGAAGACCACCCUGCGAGAGCUGCUGGUCUAUGUUAUGUUCUUGGUGGACAUCUGUCUCUUGACAUAUGGAAUGACGAGUUCCAAUGCCUACUACUACACCAAAGUGAUGUCUGAGCUCUUCCUGCAGACCUCUACAGAUGGCCGCGGCUCCUUCCAGUCCAUUGGCAGCAUGGCUGACUUCUGGGUGUAUGCACAGGGUCCCCUGCUGGAUAACCUGUACUGGACAAAGUGGUACAACAACGAGUCCCUAGCGGCGCACAGCACGCAGUCACACAUCUAUUACGAGAACCUGCUGCUGGGCGUCCCACGCAUGAGACAGCUGAAGGUGAAGAACAACUCCUGUGUGGUCCAUGAUGACUUCAAGGAGGAAAUCUCGGGCUGCUAUGAUGUAUACUCUGAAGACAAGGAGGAAAGGGUCUCCUUUGGGCUCAUCAAUGGAACGGCGUGGAGGUACCAUUCUGAGGAGGAGCUGGGUGGUUCAUCUCACUGGGGAAGACUAACCAGUUACAGUGGGGGAGGAUACUACAUAGACCUCAAGAUGACCAGGGAAGAGAGUGCUGAAGCCCUGCAGGUCUUGAAGGAGAAACUGUGGCUGGAUCGGGGAACACGAGUUGUCUUUAUUGAUUUCUCUGUGUAUAAUGCAAAUAUCAAUCUUUUCUGUGUUCUGAGGUUAGUGGUUGAGUUUCCAGCCACUGGUGGUGCCAUUCCCUCUUGGCAAAUCCGGACAGUGAAGCUUAUACGAUAUGUCAGCACAUGGGACUUCUUCAUUGUUGCCUGUGAAAUUGUAUUCUGUGUCUUCAUCUUCUACUAUGUGGUGGAAGAGGCUUUGGAGCUCCGUAUCCACAAGCUUCAGUACUUCACCAGCAUCUGGAACAUUCUGGAUGUGGUUGUCAUUCUGCUCUCCAUUGUUGCCAUUGGGUUCCACAUCUUUCGCACCACUGAGGUGAACAGGCUGCUGGGAGAGCUGCUGGAACACCCCAACACCUACGCAGACUUUGAAUUCCUGGCCUUCUGGCAGACGCAGUACAACAAUAUGAAUGCAGUCAACUUAUUUUUUGCCUGGAUCAAGAUAUUCAAGUACAUUAGCUUUAACAAAACAAUGACCCAGCUUUCCUCCACACUGGCACGUUGUGCCAAGGAUAUCCUGGGCUUUGCCAUUAUGUUCUUCAUUGUCUUCUUUGCCUAUGCCCAGCUGGGUUACCUUCUUUUUGGGACACAAGUGGAAAACUUCAGUACUUUUGUUAAAUGCAUUUUCACCCAGUUUCGGAUCAUUCUUGGUGAUUUUGACUACAAUUCCAUUGACAAUGCCAACAGGGUCCUUGGGCCUCUUUACUUUGUCACCUAUGUGUUCUUCGUUUUCUUUGUGCUUCUGAACAUGUUUCUGGCCAUCAUCAAUGACACCUACUCAGAAGUCAAGGAGGAGCUCUCGAGCCAGAAGGAUGAGCUGCAGCUCUCUGACAUUUUGAAGCAGAGCUAUAACCGGACACUCAUGAGGCUGAAGCUGAAGAAGGAGCAGAUUUCUGAUGUGCAGAAAGCCCUGCAGAAUGGAACAAAACAACUAGACUUUGAAGACUUCAAGAACAGCUUGAAGGAACUGGGCCAUGCAGACCAUGAGAUCACAGCAGCUUUCUUCAGAUUUGACAAAGAUGGCAACCACAUCCUUGAUGAAGAGGAGCAACAGCAGAUGAAGCAUGACCUAGAGGCAAAAAGGGUUGCUCUGAAUACAGAGAUUGAAAAUUUGGGGAAAUCCUAUGCUGACAACAACCUGGAUGAGAAUCUGACCUACAAGGAAGCAAGGAAUAACCACACUAAUAAGGCCACCUGGGUCUCCAAAGAAGAGUUCCAAGUCCUCCUGCAUCGUGUGCUGCAGCUGGAACAGUCCAUAAACAGCCUUGGCUCCAAGAUUGAUGCAGUGGUGAAGAAGCUUGAUGUGCCAGAAAGAAAAGAGCUGAAGAGGAAGGAUCUGUUGGGCAAACCACUGGGUGAUGUUAGCAUGGAGGAAGAAGCCAGUCAGGAAGAGCUGUACCCCCAGAGCCUAGACCAGCUGGGAAAAGAAGCAGAAAGUUGGGGGAUGGAACACAUACAGAGAAACAACCUGAGUGGCAACUCUUCCCAAAAUGGGGUCUAUCCCAUCUUGCCCAAGUCAAGUGUGCUGGGGUCUCAGGUGCCCAAGAACCUUUAACCAGUCUGAUGUACACUUCUAGAGCAGUGCUCAACAGCCCAGUGCUCCCAGUCUGGCUGCCAUGGUACCAAGUCCCUGUCAGUUGUUCCCCCAUUAUUAGGAUAAUCCAGAGAGCUGGACACAGACACCACUGUUGCCAGGAAUUCUUAAUGUGAAAAAUCAGGGAUGCUCUUCUCCAGUGAAACGAUGUAUCAUGCCACAGAGCUAGAACUCCUAUCCCUCUUCACCUCCUCCCCUGUACCUGUAUCUCAGGAAGAGGUGAAAUUUGGCACUAGGUGAUGUAUUAGGUUUCUGCCUCCGAACAGGCUGGCCCAACACUGUUUAUCUAGCCUUCCCCAAAAAGUAGGGACCCCAGAACUCUGACCGUUUGUGUCCAGAUAAGCAUAUUGCAGCUUGUUCCCAAGACACAAUGGUCUGCAGGAGAAAGAUAUGGCUGUCAUGUAAAGAAAGCAGAAUGUAAUCACCAGUGGGAAAUGGGAAGAAGAAAUGUAGUUGUUUCUACCUGGUUGCAGUUUGUUUCCAGAUUACCUUGGUAACCCUCUCUGUACCUUAGGUUCAGGUGUUGAGGAAAGAGCUUACUAGUGCUUAACUCUGGAUAACAAUGAGAUACAAUAAGAGUUGACACCAGUGUAAUUGGGAGAAAGUCUGAAAUAUUCUAAAAUGAGAAGCAGUUGGUGGAGUCCUAGGCCUGAGUGUUAGGGAACAAACUUCUGGUUAUAUGUUUUCUAGCAUAGCUGUUGACAUUAAGAAAUCUGUCAUUUAUUUUCACACUCUUUAAAUUGCAUCUCAAGGUUCUUGCAUCUUGCAAACUAGCAUCCCAUUUAUGAAGUUUGGUGCUUCUUGUUUUUGUCAAGGAAACAAAUUUGCAGUUAUGGGUGCUGACACCAUUUGCAUUUAAGAAUAUUGUGAAAAUGAUUGUCAGAUUUUUCACCACGUGCAAAAUACUUUUUUUCCAAGCAUUUUUCUGUUUGCUGAGGCUUCCCUUUCCUUGUAAUUGGUGCAGGCUAUUGCUGCUAUUACAGGACCAUUGUAAAUAUAUUUCAAAUACCUUAAUGACUGAUAUUCUGCAAUAGUUAACCUCAAAUAGGCUCCGAGGCUUAAAGCCAGUAGAAAUGUGAGCUGUACCAGACCACUGCUAACAGUUCUCAUUAGUGCUACACUGUUUAGUGUGCUGUGCAGUGACAGGUUCACUUGGGACCUUGUGCAGGCGCAUCUUGUAUUGCCACCUUUUUUCAGAUGGAUGUGUCACUGCAUUCUGGGGAAAGCCUCUUUGGCAGUGUCUGAAGGACCUCAGGAUGAGCCCUGUCCUCAGAUGGCCCAGGUUUCAGUGCUGCCACAGCCACAAGACAGUCUUGGUAAAUUGAAGGAGGCUGUCAUUCAACUAAAGGGCCUGGCAGAAGCUGUGAGAGGGAGCUUGCUGCCCAGCCCACAGGGAGGUUAGAUUUCAAACAGGAGCUGUGGAGGCAGGAACUGCAGGGUCUCAUGACUCACUUCCCAUCAUCAGCUGGUCCUGCUGCUGGGGAUGAGGCUGUGAGAUAUUGCCAUGGUUCUUCACUCCCAGUUCCAGUGAAUUCAGAAUUGAGCAAAACAUCUUACCUUCAGCUCUUCUGGCUGAAAACAGAACAGUGGUGUUGCUUACUUCCUCCUCCUCUCUGCAUUGAAGUUAUUAUCUUAUUCAGAAGAAAACAGCCUGUCAGGAGAACUUCCUAAAAUAGGCUUUUUCCCCAAAUUAAACAGGAAAUUCAUAUACUAAACUGUGAUUGAAUAGAGGAACUAUGUGCUCUAUAAUGGGCUCAAAUAGUGCACACAGCCCUUUGUAAUCAAUUCAUGAGGUCAUCUGUGUUUUGAAAGAUACAGAGGAAGGUUCUUACAAAUCAAUUUGUAAGACCUUGUUUUAGAUCCUAGUUCAAGAGCAGACUACAAGUACCAAGGCAUAAUUGCAAAGCAAGAAAAGAAAAAAGGCUGUUCUUUUGAGGUCUCUGAAAGUGUCUGCCUUUUCCAUGGACUCAAAUUACUGGAUGAGAUUCUGAGUCUGUAUUACUGCACAGGUAUCAAAUGCUUGGGAUGCUGAUCUUUUAGGAACUAAGUCUGGCACUUUGGGAGAGACCCAAGCAGCAGUUGUCUGCUUCAGGUGGUAGAACCUGUGCUAGUAGCCAGUGUAAGAUAUGUUGCUGGCUGAGGCUGAACUUCUUAACCUAGAAAUAACUACUGUGAGGGUAACAGGAUCCUGAAAACAGGUUCUGCCAAGAAAGUGAAGGUAAAACUUAUUAUCUGUAAAGCCUGGCUUUACAAAACCUCAGAUUUCUCACAAGGGAGAGUGUUGUUCAGCUGCUCUGUUCAACAGAGAAGAUGACACAGAACCUCCCUUUCUGCAUUGCUCAGUUUCUUUUCUCUUCCCCUCCUAAGCUGUGCCAAACCCCAAGACCAGCCCCACAGAUAUCCUCCUACUGAGGCAAGGGUGCUGCAGCCACAGCAGCAAGUGUAAGAG